UAUCGGAGAAAGCUCAUGGUAUAUAAAGUACAUUCUGGACUGCCGACAGGAGCCACAUCACUGUACUCCGUACUGGUAAAAAAAUUACAUAAACUUACGUAGACGAUCUGCGGUGAGGCCUGCGUUGCCCAUGCUAAAUUUAAUCCAGCAACUUAAACCUGACCAGUGUCACAAUAACUGUACUGAAGUGCAACUAUUGUGCCAAUCCUUCAAGGAUGGCUUCUUCAAAGUCAAGCCAUGCUCUCGGGCUGGAUUCCAAUGCCAGCGCACCUCAUGGUCUAUCAAGAAAAGACCUUGAUCCACAAACACAUGAUGAAAAUGCCGGAAGUCCUUUGUUUGUUCCUGGUGACGACAGGAUAGAUCAUACCGAAACGAACAUCAGUGAACUUGAUCCAACAGAACAGGCAUCGGGGAAUAUCCUUCCAAGGGAUAGACAACUGAAAACUCCCACUUACGAUUAUGCCUUUGAGAAGUCAAUGAGCCACGCUGAAGCAAAACUCUUUUACCAACAUCACCAAAUUGCAUCUCGGAACGCUGAUGGUGACUUUCCCAACGAGAUACCUGCUAUGGCAAGCUCAGUAGGUGACACUGAUCCUAAAGACAUGGCAGGGUCACCUCCAGCGAUUGGACUUGGCGCUUCGCCGACCACUCUGCGAAAUUUGAGUCCCCAGACUGGAAAACGUAAUAUUGAUCUUGCUGCUUUCCAACAAACCCCUGAGUCCCACGAUGCGCAAGUUAUAGCCCCACAGGACGAUGGCAGUUUCUUGCCGUGUCCGGACAACAUGGGAAACGUCAGCGACUCUUUGGGAACCGUGCAGGGCAUGAUGAACAUCUCAGCUGAUAGCAGCGCAGUCACCUCUGAGUUAAAUGUUAUCUGUCGCAAGAUAAGGAGCUUGCUUGAUAGACGGGCAAAGUACAUGCAGUUAUCUUCGCAGGGACCUGAGGAUAAUCCAAAAGAUCAUCCGACAUGGGAAGUUUAUCCCCCUCCGCCGGAACCAGCCUGGGAUAAUGAGAGAGACAUCGGAAAGAGUGCCGAUAGCUCCCGCGUCGAUCAGAAAAAGCGAAAGAUGGGCCAGGAUAUUGGGGAGGACUUCGAUAUGGCCCAGUGUUUGCCACUGCCUCAAGAAUCCUCCUGGGUAUUUAGGCUGGAUGAGAAUAGUGUAUACCAAGUUUAUGAAAGCGAUGCAGCGGCUGUUUCCCGGCAACCUGUGGUUAAUAUCCCUUCCUUACGGGACUUUUAUAUGGACCUUGAUGCAGUCACAGACGUAUCGACAGACGGGCCCGCUAAAAGCUUCGCAUUCAAACGACUGUCCUACUUGGAAGGAAAGUUUCAGCUUUAUGCGCUGUUGAAUGAAUACCAGGAGAUCGCGGACUGCAAAAAGGUUCCUCAUAGGGAUUUCUACAAUGUUCGAAAAGUGGAUACACAUGUUCAUCACUCCGCGUGUAUGAAUCAGAAGCACCUCCUUCGUUUCAUCAAGAGCAAGAUGAAAAAAUCCCCGGAUGAAGUAGUAUUGUUCCGCGAUGGGAAACACCUGACUCUGAAGGAAGUUUUCGAGAGCAUCAAUCUCACCGCUUAUGAUCUGAGUAUCGAUACAUUGGACAUGCAUGCUCAUACAGAUUCGUUUCACCGGUUUGACAAAUUCAAUCUCAAGUAUAACCCUGUUGGUGAAUCUCGUCUGCGAGAGAUAUUUUUGAAGACAGACAACUUCAUCAAGGGACGCUAUCUAGCAGAGAUAACGAAGGAAGUCAUUUCCGACCUGGAAUCCAGCAAGUACCAAAUGGUGGAAUGGCGUAUCUCCAUAUAUGGAAGGUCAAUUCAAGAAUGGGACAAACUUGCAGCCUGGGUUGUUGACAAUAAACUGUUUUCUCCCAAUGUCCGCUGGCUGAUUCAGGUACCUCGACUGUAUGACGUUUAUAAGUCCAGCGGCAUGAUGGAAAACUUUGAGCAAGUUAUCACAAAUGUUUUCCAACCUUUGUUCGAAGUGACAAAGAAUCCCGAUAGCCACCCCAAGCUGCACAUUUUCCUGCAGCGUGUGGUUGGGUUUGACAGUGUUGACGACGAGAGCAAAGCGGAGCGGCGGCUGUACAGGAAGUAUCCAAUUCCAAGAGACUGGAACACAAAGCAAAAUCCACCAUAUAGCUAUUGGAUCUAUUUCAUGUUUUCCAAUAUCGCAUCUCUCAAUACCUGGCGCAAGCGACGCGGCUUCAAUACUUUUGUGUUGAGGCCACAUUGCGGUGAGGCUGGAGAUCCCGACCAUCUUGCCGUGGGUUACCUGUGCUGCCACAGCAUCAGUCAUGGGAUCCUUUUGAGAAAGGUUCCUCUCCUACAGUAUCUUUACUAUCUUGACCAGAUAGGCAUUGCUAUGUCACCUCUUAGCAACAAUGCCCUGUUUCUAACAUAUGACAAAAAUCCCUGUGCUAAUUUCUUCAAGAGAGGUCUUAAUGUUUCUUUAUCUACUGAUGACCCCUUGCAGUUUGCUUUCACCAAAGAGCCCUUAAUCGAGGAAUAUUCGGUUGCUGCACAAAUCUACAAGUUUAGCGCAGUAGAUAUGUGUGAGCUUGCCAAGCAUUCAGUCGAACAGAGUGGCUUUGAGCUAUCUUUGAAGAAGAGAUGGCUAGGCAAUGACUGCUGCCUGCCAGGAGUUCCAGGAAACAACGUUGCCAAAAGCAAUGUCCCUGACAUUCGUGAACAGUUUAGGCAUGAAACAUUGACUGGAGAAUUGACCCUAAUUGGACGUUAUGCGCAUACUAGUGACGAUGCAACAGUUCAAUCGAAAGCCCUCGCCGCAACCAACCAACCAGGGCCUUUAUCUUCUGAGCCGCCAAUUGGCGACGUGCGAAAUGAUUCAAAUCCAGGUAUACUCACAUAUCAUUCGGGGAUGGGGUGAUUUCCUUCUCAUGUUACCAUAGACUCGUCAAAGUGUGCCGUUGUAAAUCCAAGAUAUCAACAAGACAACGGCGGGGUUUACAGUUUAGGUUUUCAACCCGGGGGUCGACAGAUUGUACAGAAACCGUGCAUGGAAGGGCCCAAGUUGCAAGAUCCUGAAGGAAACGCUGUUACUACGCUUGGGGAGUUUGGCACGUCCUUUAGCAGUACUAGUACUGCUGGCGUAACUACGCAAAGUACGGACUGUGUACCGGAACAAAAGAUCUUCCCAGGUAUUGUGCAUGAAAGGGCCCAUCGGAAUAAUAUGCUAGUUGACGGGAUAGUCGGAGACGGAGAGGAAAGUUCUGGCGAUACCGAGAUUGCCGUUUAGCAUAGUUAUUUGAGUAGUGCGUCCGAAUGUGGGACCAUCGCUUUUGACCAACGAAAAUAAC